AUGGGUAACUCACAGAGCGACAUGAACCACGACAUUUGCGACUGGUGUGUCGCCGAAGAUCUCCGUUCGACGUAUGGUAUAACCCCCGAGUACUCGGUAAGCCAAGCAUAUAUCGAUUGGCUGAGGAGACACGGCGAGAUAAAUCGACACCAAGCAGUGGACAUCCAAACCCGUCUUCAAGGUCCGCACUGCAACAUCAAUGACGGUGCGUAUUACGAGACCCCCAGCGUCCCAGCGGUAUCUGGUGUCGAACCGUAUCCGGUGCCCCGUGAGCGUGAGCGGGACGUACCGCGUCUCCUCUCGCGCGAUCGCCCACGCACCCGGGCACAACGUCGACAGGACAGAAGGGACGACAGACGUCACAUGCCUUCCCGGUAUCGAUCGAGACUGCGCCGUUCCAAUUCCGUAGAUUCCUAUCUCGGCCGCGUCCGGGCCUGGCGCGCCUCGGAGCACCCAAGACCUGCCUCGAUGAACACCUCUUCCUCCAACGCCGGCUCUAAUACCGGCUUACUCUUCCGCUCCCGCUCGGGCAGGAAUAGCAAUAGAAGUAGGAGCAGGCACAACGCGACACCACCCAUCGGUAACCACACAGACUGGAAGAAAUUCCCCCGCCUCCGAAGACUGUGGGACAAGAUCAAGGAGUCAUCCCGGGAGGUGAAAACGAAUACCAAUGCCGACAUCCCAGCCGGCGCAGAAAUCGCGUCCAAUGAACCACGAGAGAAGACCGACUCUGGGAUUUCUCCUUCUUCCACAGCCGCAGCCGCUUCGACACCGGCAUCAACACCCGACACCCCGAAGCGAAGAAGUCGAUGGUGCAUCCGUCGACCUCGUCGAACAUCCACCGCAGAACCACAAGAAGAAAAAAAGACCAACGACACGCCCCCCGUCCCCACCACUAUCCCUCUUCUCCCCCCCUCCGCACCACCACCGCCGCAAACACCUUCCAUCCCGAAGCGACGCAAAUGGGGCUUCCUGCAUCGACCUCGUGGAAUCCCCCUGCUCACCGACGAAUGUGUCGCGGGCGCGAGAUUCUGGAAUCGUUGCUGA